AUGGAGAAACUGAUUCCUCUGUUACUGAAGUAUAUUCAAAGCCGCCAGAUACCUGGUGGAGUUGUAGUUUUAAUUGCUCACAAUGCUCGCAAUUUUGACGUCCCCUUUUUGAAAAGAGAUUUUAGUCGCUGCUCUUACGAGAUUCCUCCUGACUGGUUGUUCAUCGACACCCUUCCACUGGCUCAUGCAGUGAUGAAAUCUGAAGGAUCCAAAGUUCCAUCAAAAGUAUCCUUACCAGCCCUUGGGGAAUACUACGAUAUUCCAUUGGUUGGUUCGGCGCAUAGAGCCCUAUCAGACGUGCACUUAUUAGCACAGGUUCUUCAGAGAUUGACACAUGACCUGAAAUUGCCAAUCUCCGGCCUACUUCAGAGCUCGUUUAAGUAA